CUCUCUAUUUCUAAGUCUUCCACGGGUCUUACCAGGUCGUUUUCCACUCACUCAUGUGACGUGACUCGAGGCCAUCAAAGUGGACAAUGAACUUACUGGAAUGGAAGACCAAGUGGACGUCUAGUGGAAGUUGCCUGCUCCACCUCCUCGUCCUCCUGUCACUCCUUCAGGAACACGCCGGCGCCUUAGACGUGUACAGCUUUCAGAAGGAGGGCGUGCAGUCCGACGCCCAUAUCCUGUACUCGGGACCUGCAGGAGACACCGAAGGGCAGGGAUGGAGGCGUCCCUUCACCCCCGAGGACUUCAGCGUGUGUCUUCGCCUCAAGUUCUUCUACCUGUGGGAUCUUUCGGGUUUUCUGCAGCUGUCGGCCGAUGUGGAGAAAGAGUCGCCGACGUCCAUGCUCAGCGCAGAGCUCAACCUUCGCUACUUCCGCGUCAGGAUGGGAAUCUUCCGCCGCCUCUUCUUCACUGAGCGUCCUCUAAGGGCCCUCACCUGGUACCACGUCUGCGUCACGUACUCCCAGGACACGCUCAAGUUCUAUCUGAAUGGGGAUUUGCAGGGAAGCCAAGCAGGGGGGCCCGAGUAUCCUGUAGGUGGGACGCGACUCAAGGUUGGCGCCUGGGAUGCCGUCAGGAGCUUCAGUGGCGAGAUAACGGAGGUUAACGUGUGGAGUCGUGCCUUGGCGGUGGAUGAAGUGGCGUCGCUGGUGGACUGCAAAGGGAGCACGGGUGAUCUGAUUGCCUGGACGGACACCUGGACGAUGCACGGCGACGUAACGAAGGCGGACGUCCCCUCCGAGAGGCUCUGCAAUGACAGGAAAGACAUGAAGCAGUUCUUCUUCCCGCCCGUCUCCUCCAAGGCAGCCUUUCGUUUGUGCGAAGGCUUGGGAGGCUCGGUGACGACGCCUCGGAGUUCCGAAGUGGACAGCCUCAGACGACUCAUCUCUAGCUUUGCUGACAACGAGACCUGUUCGAGGCUUUGGACAGGUGUUACGGACGUCGCCAAGGAAGGGGAAUGGACGUACCACAAGGACGGCCUUCCUGCGCAGGUCUCGUGGCGACCCGGGGCACCCGACGGGGACUUCCUGCAGAACUGCGCAGCGAUUCUUCUCGAUGGGUCCUCGGCUGGCCUGACCGACGUCGCGUGUUCGCGCAAGCUGUGCACGGUGUGCGACGUGCCGGAGGGGAUCGUGUGGACGCUCCUGGGCGCGUGCGAGGAGCACCCGAGGAACAUCCAUUUCGUCGCCCAUCAGAGGGCCUCAGGGAAGUUCCACUUCCGUGGUUACUCUAACUACAUGAUCAUGAAGAACGACACGGACGGCCGCUGGUUCUGGUGGGACCGCCAGAAAAACGAGGUCGUGGCUGUCCUCUCCGAAAACGAAUUCGGUUUCCCAAUGGGGCGACGCAGUUGGAACCUGCAGCGCCCCGUCUGCGGAAGGAAGCCGCCCGCAGAGCACACUCUUCUGCUGACCCCUUGUGGGGCAGGCAGCUUCUCGUGCGAUGACGCGACGUGCAUCCCCCUGUACCAGCGGUGCGACCUCAAGUUCGACUGCAGGGACAAGAGCGACGAGAGCGGCUGCGAACUCGUGCAGUUCCCGCCCGUGUACCGGCCAGACCUUCCGCCGAGCGACGUCGCCUCCGCUGCAUCGGCGCCGCUUCCCGUCGGCAUUCACAUGGUGCUCGAAAGCGCCGACGUCAGGACCAGCACCAUGAUGAUCCACGUCAAUUACAACCUGAGUCUGACGUGGCGCGAAGGGCGGGUCAACUACCUCAACCUGAACAAGGAUUACACCCUCAACAGGGUACCAUACAAUACCAUGAGGGAACUGUGGGUGCCGACAGGUAGACUUCACCAACACCCGCGGCAACCACAUCACCCACGCAGACGAGGAAGCUACCAUGAUGGUGCUCAUGUCAGGGGAGCCGACCGUGGGAGGGGACACGCGACCCCAAGAAGUUGAAGUGUAUGCAGGAUGGGAAAACCCACUGACACUGAGAAGGAAAUAUAGUGAGACGUUCCAGUGUGAUUUUGACCUUUCCAUGUACCCGUUCGACCAACAAGAAUGCCAUUUGGUGUUAACAAUGCUCUCAGCUUCCUC